AUGAGCUUGCUUUUUGCUGAUGCCAGGUGGCGAGACCAAAAUCUAAAGCUUUUGCAAAAUCUCUCCCAUUCUUCUGGCAUUCUAGAAACUUCGGUGCAGCCGAAUUCUCUUCCUCCUGCGGAGGAAGCAUUGGCAGUGUUCAACAACUACUUGAAUGUAUCCCAUGUGCAGAACCCAUUCCUGCUCCGCCGAGACGUACAGAGAUUGUACCAUUCCGUCUUUUCAACAGGCCAAGCAGAUCCUGCCUCGCAAAUACUGGACCAUCUAACAAAGCACGACGCCUUUCGUACCUUUAUGAUUCUUGCUGUUGGAUCGGUCAUGUUAUAUCGAUCCGGCGCUCAUAAACACCACCCUUACGGCUACUUCCUCACCGCGUUACAAUAUAUCGAUACAAAUAUCUUGUCAAGGGGGUUGGAUUCUAUUCAGGAUCUAUUAUUCGUCGCGAGGUUCGGCAUCUAUCAUCACAUCGGUACAUCAAUCUGGGAGCUGACCACACUAUGUAUGAGGAUGUGCAUCGAGCAAGGCCUUCAUAAGUUGCCUCGGCCCACUAUGAGACGCAAAAUGACACUUCUGCAAGAGCAGUUGCAGCGCCGGGUCUUCUGGGAAUGCUACAUGAUCAGUCAGUACAGCUCAAUCACACUGGAUCGUCCAGCUGCAAUUGCGGAUAGGGAUAUCCAAGUUGGGCUUCCUGCCGAUGCCGAUGAUGAAGAGAUCGAUGCCGCUGAGGCAUCUGGAUCGUUCUCGGAUCUCGACUCUUUCUGCAAAGCCACUACAAGGCCUACUGCGAUGGGGAACACCGAAAUGACGGUGUUUUUCUAUUGCCUGCGGCUGCGCAAAAUCACUUCAAAGAUUCGGUCCAAGUUUCAACAAGGCAGUGGGUCCCCUAGCAAUGUUGGGCAUGCGUGGACAAUGGACUCCAUCACCGCGAGUGGGAGGAUCUAUGCAGAUCUAGAGGAGUUACUGUCGGAGCUCGAGGAAUGGCGGCGAUCGGCUCCCAUGUUCUCUAAUCCACGAGGCUUGUACCACACACAGGAAUGGUAUGAUCUGCUGUUACUGAGGGAAAAACUGCUUCUAGUGCGCAAGGCCAUCGACCUGGUGCCGAAGCGGAACAAUAUCCCCCCAGGCGACCUCCUCUUGAUCUGCCUCGAGUAUGCCAUCGGUACCAUUGCGAAGUUCUGCCCUUUGUUUGAGCAAGGGAAGAUUACCUACACUCGGAGUUAUUUCCAAAUGCUGUUCACUGCCGGUCUCUCGGUAAUGCUCUGGGUAUCGGUGGCAAGUAACCAUGAUACAGAGACGAUGGUCAAGGCGGCAGACGCGGUAAAACAGAGCGGAAAAGCAUUAAAACAGAUGGGGCGUGAGAUGCCAGAUGCGACUCCUUACGUGUCUGUCUAUGAGGCCUUACAAGUACAUGUAUUAGGGAAGUACAAUGUCGCGUCUAGGACAACGCAGCAAACGGGAGGAUACCUCGGGCAGACCCAAUCCCAGUACACGGGGAUGGACGGUAUGCUUCAUAAUCAAAACACGACAGGCACACAUCAGCAGCUGGAUCAUGGACCUUCCACCUACGCUUCUCUUCUUUCACGAGAUCUAUUCGGAGACAACACAUUCUGGAAUGUGGAAGUGGGACUGGGGGAAUAUGCGUAUGGGGAUCCGAUGUUUCUUUUCUCGGGUAUAGCAGAUGACAGCGUAUAA